AUGGAAGAGCAAACCCUAAGCCUGUCGCAGCGAACUGUGACGGGCAAGAAAGUCAAGCAGCUUCGCAGGCAGGGCAUCUUGCCUGUCCAUAUGUACGGCAGGGGCAUAGACUCGAUGUCGCUGCAAGGAGUAGCCGGCGACCUGCGCCGCCUGCUGCCGCGAAUCGGCACCAACAUUCCCGUGUCAGUCCAGGUUGAAGGCAAUGAGGGUGAGAAUGUCUGCUUCGUCCGCGAUGUGCAGCGCCACCCCGUAACCGAGGACCUGCUGCACAUCGACUUCAUUCGAGUGGAUGUAACGCAGACCAUCAGCGCCGAAGUGCCUAUCGCUCUCAUCGGCUCCGCGCCUGCCACACAGCAGGGCGGCACACUGCUCCAGCCUCUCACCAGCUUGCUGGUCGAAGCGCUGCCAAUGAACAUCCCCGCGACCGUCGAAGCCGAUGUGAGCGGACUAGACGACUUCGAGAAGUCCAUCAUCGUAAGAGACAUCCCCAUCGCCGACAAUGUCACGGUUCUGACCGACCGAGACGAGUUCGUAGCUCGCGUCAUCCCGCCGCGCGUGGAGACUGAAACCUUCGACGUCUCCGACGAAGAAUUGGACGAAGAAGCUACUGAAGAAGAAGAAGGCGCCGAAGAAUAG